GGGGAAGAGAGAAAGAGCAGGCGGGGUGGGCUAUAGAUAACGAGGGAGGCAGCAGGCAGAUAGUUAUCUCCUCACAAUCAUCCUUGUGUUUCUACACGCUCCCUGCCAGACUUCAAGGAGAACAAGAAAGGACGUGCGUUUUCUUGGCACUGGCGAACAGCCUAAUUCUGCUAUCAUGCACAGAUUAGCUCGUUGCUGAAAACGUUUUAUCACUGCGAAGGGUUUGUGUGAGAGAGAUGGCUCCGGGAGCUGGUCAGUGCACUUUCAUGCAGAGGUAGAGUAGCCCGUACGCCGAUGCCUGCUGCCCUCUGCACGAUGAGUGUAGCCCUGCAAGACCUGCGGAACAACAUGUCCAACUACAGGCGUGCAACCUUUGACGAGGAGGAGGUAUCCGAGGUCCCAACCGACGGGAUCAUCUAUCCCGACAGCGUGGAGGUGGGUUUCCGGCGCGGUGGUAUCCAGCUGCUAGGGCCCCUGGGCAGGCGUACCCAGCUGGAGGUGGUGCUGGGCGGGCUGCUCCUGGCCUCCCUGCUGAUGCUGUUCGGCUGUGCCCUCACUCUGGGCAUCCGCUACAACACAGAUCCAGCCCGCAGCCUGUGCCUGACGGAGGCGUGUGUGACGGUGGCCAGCAAGAUCGUGGAGGCGCUGGACCGGAGUGUUGACCCGUGCCAGGACUUCUACCAGUACGCGUGCGGCGGAUGGAACCGCAAGAACCCGCUGCCCGACGGACGCUCGCGCUGGAACACCUUCAACAGCAUCUGGGACCAGAACCAGGCCGUGCUCAAACACCUGCUCGAGAACGGCACGUUUAACUCCAGCAGUGAUGCAGAGAGGAAGGCCCAGAACUACUACCUGUCCUGCCUCAACGAGCAGCGCAUCGAGGACCUGGGGGCCCAGCCACUCAUCGACCUCAUCGCCAAGACGGGUGGAUGGAACAUCACUGGGCCCUGGGACAAGGACAACUUUAUGGAGGUUCUGAAGACCGUCUCCGGGCCAUACAAGGCCCAGCCUUUCUUCACCAUCGGAGUCAGUGUGGACCCCAAGAACUCCAACUCUAACAUCAUCCAGGUGGACCAAUCAGGACUGUUCCUGCCAUCACGUGACUAUUACCUCAACAAGACAGCCAAUGACAAGGUUCUGAAGGCCUACCUGGACUACAUGGUGGAGCUGGGUCUGUUGCUGGGUGGUCAGAAGAACUCCACGCAGGCGCAGAUGCAGCAGAUCCUGGACUUCGAGACCGCGCUGGCCAACAUCACCGUCCCACAGGACGAGCGUCGCGACGAGGAGAAGAUCUACCACAAGAUCACCAUAGCAGACCUGCAGUUGCUGGCCCCGGCGGUGGAUUGGCUGGACUACCUGAACUCGGCGCUGUCGCCGUUGGAGCUGAACGACACAGAGCCGGUGGUGGUCUAUGCUAAGGAGUACCUGCAGCAGGUGUCCGAACUCAUCAACAAGACGGACCACAGUCUGCUGAAUAACUACAUGAUGUGGAACCUGGCGCAGAAGGGAGUGACCAGCCUGGACCAGCGCUUUGAGAACGCCCAGGACAAGCUGCUGGAGAGCCUGUACGGAACCAAGAAGUCGUGCACGCCUCGGUGGCAGACUUGCAUUGCGAGCACGGACGACACGCUGGGCUUUGCCCUCGGCGCCCUCUUUGUCAAAGCCACAUUCGACAAACAGAGCAAGGAGAUUGCCGAGGAGAUGAUCAAUGAGAUCCGCUCCGCGUUUAAGGACUCGCUGGACAACCUGCGCUGGAUGGAUGACCAGACUCGACAGGCGGCCAAGGACAAGGCUGAUGCCAUAUAUGACAUGAUUGGAUUUCCUGACUUCAUCCUGGACUCGAAGGAGCUGGACGACGUCUAUGAUGGGUAUGACGUGUCGGAGGACAACUUCUUCCAGAACAUGCUAAACUUCUACAACUUCUCCGCCCGGGUGAUGGCCGAUCAGCUGCGGAAGCCCCCUAAUAAAGACCAGUGGAGUAUGACUCCGCCCGCAGUGAACGCCUACUACAUGCCCACCAAGAAUGGCAUUGUGUUCCCCGCGGGAAUCCUACAGGCACCCUUUUAUGCCCACGACCACCCCAAAGCCUUGAACUUUGGAGGCAUUGGAGUGGUAAUGGGACAUGAACUCACUCAUGCAUUUGAUGACCAAGGGAGGGAGUACGACAAGGACGGGAACCUUCGACCAUGGUGGCAGAAUUCCUCAGUGGACGCCUUUAAGAACAGGACCGAGUGCAUGGUGGAGCAGUACUCCCAGUACACCAUCAACGGAGAACACAUCAACGGCAAGCAGACCCUCGGGGAGAACAUCGCCGACAACGGAGGCCUCAAGGCGGCAUAUCAUGCCUACAAGUCGUGGGUUCAAACGUAUGGAGAGGAAAAGAGGCUACCAGCGGUAAAUCUCACCAAUGACCAGCUGUUCUUCGUGGGCUUUGCACAGGUGUGGUGCUCGGUGCGUACCCCUGAGAGUGCCCACGAGGGCCUGGUGACCGACUCCCACAGCCCCCCCAAGUACCGCGUCAUCGGCACCCUGUCCAACUCGCCGGAAUUCGCCGAGCACUUCCAGUGUGCCCGCGGCUCCCUCAUGAACUCGGGCCACCGCUGCGAGGUCUGGUAGGGCCUGUCCACCCCGCCACGGCAACGCCUGUCCACAGGGGGGCGCCAGUCUGCCAGUCUGUUCCUGCAGGACACGGUCUGAGGAGAGAAAAGGAGGAGGAGGAGGAGGAGGAGGAGGAGGAAAUGGGCAGAUUUCCAAGCACUGGACUUUUUUUCUUUUCAUUUCUGUUUGUUGUUGUUGGUGUAGUAGUAAUUGUUGUUGUUGCUGUUGUCUGUAUUGUUGUUUUGGUAAUGAUGCUGGAUUCUGAACGGUGAUGUCUGAUGGAGUGAGUCUGGACUCAAGAUGACUCCAGAGAGAGAGAGAGAGAGCACACUGACGAGUGAUGGUUGUAUUUUCCAGUGUUUGGAGGCCCCCAUAGCUUUCUCUCUCUCUCACUUUUUCUUUCCCACUCUUUAUUGCUCUCUCUCUCUUCUUUCUGCAGAGCCUCACUGGCCCCCGUAUGCUUCUUUUAUUUAUUGUUUGCUGGACUGACGAGCGGAGGGCGGGGCCGAGGGUUGGAGAAGCAGAGCCCUCCGGCCCUCAGCUCUCCGUGCUUCUGUGUGCAUUGUUUUGCUAUGUGCCCUGUUUACAGCCUCAUUCUCUGGUGGACUGGAAAAAAAAACCCGAUUGUGAGGUCACAGAUGGAACUGUGACGCAUUAAGGACCCUAGAAAAGGGUGGCACUCAUUGUCAUGACAAUGAAGCGUUCUUUGUGACCUCAUAAAAAGAGGCCCUCCUUACUUGUGUGACCUCACAGGAAGUGUUCCAUAGUGUCUGUGACCUCACAGGGGAAAAAAACAGUUGUUUACUGUGCAACCUCAAAAGGGCAUGCCAUGUUCUUCUUGGGUGGUAAAUAUGAACGCAGGGGUGCCCACCACUAGCUUAUCUGCCCUCACUGGUGUGUGUGUGUGUGUGUGUGUGUGUGUGUGUGAGUGUGUGUGUGAGUGAGUGAGAGUGUGUGCGUGCUCUGACAUUGGCAUAUUUUAUUGUUGACAAGGUUGGAAUGGGACUCAUUUCAAACUGCUUCUUGCCAAAGAAUGUCUUCUUUUUUCUCUUUGUUACCAGCGUUCUGUUGGUGUUCUGCUGUUCCAUGUUUGAUCCCCUCGACUCGACUCUUUCCGCCUCUACUCAGUGAAGAUUGCAUUCGUGCCCACAGUGUGUGCUGUACAGUACGUGGGGUGGGAUUAGGAUAGCUGAAGACUCAUGGCUCUAUUUUGAGGGUAGUAACAGUUUUUAAAAUCCCAAUCCUGAUUGUGUUUAUCCUAAUAUUUACACCAGAGUUAAGGCAGACAACUAGGCUGAGGUUUAAACUUGGACUAAUUCCUGGUUGCUCAGCAGUGCAUGGCAGUGAAUCAGAGUAUAUUAAUUAGCUGACUUUAGGUUCAGUAUAACUUGAGAAAUAUUUGGCUGCACACAUUGUAGUAUUGGUACAUUAACAUUGUGUUAUCAUCCUUGAAAUAGAGCCUUUGAUGUGUGUGUGUGUGUGUGUGUGUGUUUGUGUGCGUGCACACGCAUACACAAAUAAUUAGUUGUGUUGAUGUACAGUCACGCCCCUCAACACUACAUUGAUAUAAUAUCUGAUGUUAGGUCUGCCGACAUGAUUUCAAAUGUUGUGCUCCAAAUGAAAACGAAAUAAGAGGAUUUUUUAUUAUAUAUUUUUUUCUCCUUGGCUUUCACACAGCCCUCCAAUUCAGGGCAAAGUCCCUUGAUAGAUGUUUGUUGUGUUUUGACUAUUUUAACUGUGGGUUGAACGAUACACAACUGGAUAACACAUGAUUAAUUUUGCCUAGCCUGUGUGUCACUGCAGGUGUUGUAGGAGACACGAACAAUAUACCUUUCCUGCUAGCAGGUGACUCCAGAGUCAGAUUCAGAUCUGAUUUGAUUCUGGUUCAUAAUCUGAUUCUGAUUCUGAUUCCGUUUCCGAUUCUAGGUUUACCUAGCCAAUUGUUCUGGAAUAUAUCCAGUUAGUUCACGACCAGUUCAGUUCUGUUGUCCUCUUGGCGGGCUUUGAACUGACUGACUUUCUCAGACACCUGUGACAUUGCAAAACACAGACUGCUUGUACACAUUGGCACAGUGAAGACGUAACAGAUUUACACAUAGUAUGUGUCUUUUGUUUUCUUAGUUGCUGAUUUUUUUGUUUCUUUGUUUUGUACCUGAGCGCAGAAAGGAACCAAAACCCUUUACACAAGACCAACACAUCCCACCUCUAGGGCUCCCCUGGCCCAGGUUUCUGUGAGGUCAACGCUUACAUUCUCUUACAAUCAGUGACCGGUCCGCCAAUGAAAGGACCGUAACAGAUUAGCCUUCCUCACUCAUCACCCCACAACUCACAGCACCUGUAAUGACCAAACAGUUAGUUUAUGUGGUCAUGCUUAGAAACUAACAGAACAGGUGUCAGUCCAGUGGCUCUCAGUGGGGAGGGAUGUAUAGGUGAAGAAAUUGGUCUCUGAUGCCCUGUGGCUGCUUAAUGUGUGGGGUCAAAGGUCAUAACUGGGUGGAGGUCACACGGGAGGGUGAAAGGUCAUUGGGGUUGGUAUUUAGGGUGGAUUAUAGGGUUUAGCCUUAAAUAACUGCAGUGAUUAUGUAGAUAGUAAAUGAAGAAAUAUAUGACUAUAUAUUUAAAGUGCAAACAUAAUUGAAAACUUGAAGUGUGUAAAAGCCUUUAAUUAGCCAAUUCAUGCCAUUAAGUGUUUCUGGACUCUUUCUGGACUUUAGUGUCUCGGUCUCAUUUCCCCCUCUCGAAGUUCUGCCCUGACGCUGGGUCAUCCGGACCAGUCAAAGCUUCAGCACUAGGACCCAGGAGGACACAAGGCCAACGAGAGACGCCAGUUCGUCCCAAAUGUUCCCGUGAUGUCCUGAAUGCUGCUUAGUUGGAAGGCAAGAGUGGCUGCCCAGAUCGCUGCCAGCAGUGUUGCCAGAUUGCCCGCCCAAUUGGGCUUCUUUUGACCUUGUCGGGAGGGGAAAAAUAAGCUUUAUGCGGGCAAAUAAAAAUUUUAGUUGAAUGGAUCUUUAUGACAAAAUCGUUGUUGGGGCGGUUUUUUGCUUGAGGGUGGGUUUUUGAGCGUGAUUGGGCGGAAAUCACUCAACCCAAUCUGGCAACACUGGCUGCCAGUUCAAGCCCAGAUGUGGUGCAAAUCCGUUUUGGCCUCGAUCUGGGAGUGCCACUUUUUUUGUUUGUUUGUUUGUUUGUUUUUUAUAUGCCAUUGUUAAGGAUGGUAAUGUGCCAUGUGAUUCAAAAGGGCAGACCAGAUCCUUGAAUUUUCUAAGGCCAUGAUUGAUGUGUUCACAUAAUCAAGCUGUGGAGUGUUGCCUUAUUUGAUUUAACAAGCAUACUUGCUCUUAAUUGUCUUUGGCAUUGUGUCUCUCCGCUCAACCUCCCUCUUUUUUGUUUUGUUUUAUCUUUGUAUUGAUGUAAAACUGUCCUUAAGUAUUUUACUCCUAAAGUCAGAUUUCUUUCUUUUUUAUUAUUAAAAAAAAAGGAAUUUCCCAUCUUUCUAGCCCAGGACAGUGUGCCACCCAGCCUGUAGUACAACAUUCCAUAUAGUACACACCUGUAAACAGAGAAAAGGAACCGAAAUAAAGUAUAUACAUUGUAUACACA